CCCCCCCCCCGGUCAAAACAUCGUAACGGUAAAAAAAAAUGGCGACGUUGUUGCUCUUUUUGGGUGCCGUGGGCGAAGCGAUGUUCUCCAAGUGACCCAUCGGGAUGAAGAGUUUACCGUUGUGACAUCACAUAACCCAAACCCAGUGACCAACCGGGCGCCAUGGAGGAACCGUGGGACUUCGAGUUCUUGACCCGCGUCGCUGACAGCUGCCUCUCGUUCCUGUCCGAAUUUGUUGACGACUGGCUCGCCAACGACAUGCGAGUUUCCAUAUUCAAGAUCUUGCUCAGCUGGUUGAUUUUAAGUCUCAUCGCGAUUCACUUCGCGUGGAAAAUCUACGGGAACACGGUCAACGACAUGUACUACCGACAAGGGACCGGACAGAACGGAGGCACACCGGACACAGCAGCCCGCCCCGGCGGAUGGUAGGUUUCUGAUCGCCCGUGUCCCUUCAAACAGGGAAAGCAAAGCAGGAGAUGCCUCAAAGACUCAUCGAGAUUAACGGGCGUUGGACUUUUAUCCAAGUGAGGACAGGACUCUGGUGAUGAGACAAUACACCCUUUUAAAGCUUGCUCAUGAUUAAGCAUCUGCAGUGCAUUCAUGAAUGAAUUUUCAGGCAACUGCAUAAAAAAACACAUGUUAUGCAAACAAAUGGUGUCAAACUGAUCCUCUGUAUCAACUACAUAGUGCUGCUUGUAAACAUUGGUCGUUGAGAAGAACAUUAGUCUGACUACUUAAAUUGUUCUGCCUGUAUGUUUGUACAACGUUGUUUAAAUAUGACACGAGUUGAUGGUUUUACGUGCAAGUUAAGGGUGUUCUAAGAACAGUGGGACGAUAGAGCAGUAAGCAAAUAUAAAAAUCUCCAUUUGGACCAUGAGCAAAAUAAUUGAUUUAAUGAUGUGUGGAAGAAACAAUAGACCCGUCUAUCGGAAUAUAGAUCUACAAAAAAAAAGUCAGAAAAUGUCAUUUUAACCACCGUGUUUGUCAUCACUUGCAAGGACCAUAGUGUGAGCUUAGGAGAUAUGAAUAGAAAAGUAGGAAACGACUUGAGAUCUGGGUUGUGUCACAAAUGACAACAUGAAGCACGGGGGACGUUGUGUAGAUGCUCCUGUUCAGCGGGGCCUAUUGAUGGAAGAGGGUCAAAUGAAUGCCACAAAAAAAUAAAUUCUGGAGGAAAAGCUGCUACAUUAAGCUAGAAAACAAAGCCGGAAAUGGCUUAAGAAUAACAGACUAAAUGUCCUGUGGUUAAAUGACCACACAUUAAUCCGAGUCAUGAUUUUGAGGAGAUGGACAUGAAGGUCCCUGUUCAUUCUGUCCCCAUCUCAGUCAAAGGUGCUUGAGAAAGAAAUGCAACAUUCAGAUUUGCAAAGCUGAAACCAACUUUUCCUUAUUUUAAAGCUGUAAUUGCUGCCAAAAGUGCCUCUUUAUUUGAGGGUUAAUUAUUUUUUACUUAUUUGUGCUGUUUUUUUUUAGUUUUAAGAGGAUUUUUUUUGUUGAUAUGCCAAAGGCAUAUUUAUGCGGUCAGACAAAAUAAUACAUAAUAAAAUGAGUAAAUCAAAAGUUCGGUGAAUGAGACAUUACAAUCAGAUAUUGUAUCUUCCAAGUUACAACAAUUAAAAUGGAGGUUAUUAGUACAAAACGAUGUACUGCCGUGUGCACUGAAAUGUUAUGAUGUACAUUGUCCUGAAGUGAACAAAAUGAGACCAGCAGACAAGAUAAUAUAACAUGUUUUGUGUAAAUAGCUCGAUUGCUAUUAAAUCUGCUGUGUUUGACAAUA